AUGGCUUAUCUCGAGGAGCAAGAACCUAAAAUUAGAAGGAAUUUUCAAAGUAUGAGAUUCGAACCGAUGUUCGACCUACUAGAGCAGCAUCUUCACCACCUCACGACUUUGGGCGAUGUUCUAUUCACUGUAAUCAGAGAUAUCGAAAUGAUUACAUGUUAUCUAGAUAUUGCAACAAGAACCAACCCUAAUUACGUGGCCUUUCAGUUGUGUCUUGAGCAUGGAAAGAAGAAACGCUUUAUGUGUAAAGACCAAAGAGCCACUCUCUACCUCGGUGGGAUCUUUUGCUUAAUCCUGGAAGUAACAUAUGUUAUCAAACAACAUAUACGUCAGAAAGGUAGCAACGUUCUCGUAAAAGUCUCUUCAAGCGAUGCACCAAACUUUUUAGUGAUCCCACCUAAAAAUGCGAUCGCUUUCUUUGUGUUUGACGCAGCUGGUUAUGAUCUGAGUGAAGGAGAAGAUGAUCGGUGUUCAACCAUGUGA